CCUUUGCGACGUACGUAGGUUACGUUAUGAGUCAAAGGGUUGUCCCGUAAAACGGGUCUUGUACUCGUUAUGAUUAUGUUUUUUUUGGUGUUUUCAUUUUUUAAAAAACAGUUAGAGCCUAAGUUUAUAUUACAACAAAUAGUAUUUACAAAGCUAAGUUUGAAGCGGUGGGUCUGAUAUUAUGGGUUAUGCGCAUUCACUGGGAUUUAACGUUGAUUUAACGUAGCUGUAGCUAAAGUUUAGUUAGCUUCCCGCACCUGCCUUACUUCCCCUGAGGUAAGCCUCCACCUCCACUCCAGCUAGCUUACUAAAAACCGGGCGGUUAGUUGGGAAAGUACCCUCGUCUGUCUGAAAGGAUGCUCCUCAUUGCCCUGGUGUUCAGCCUGCCACUGGCUGCCAUGGGGCAGCAGGUGGGCGAAGACUGGGUCGACCCUUAUGACAUGAUCAACUACGAUGCAAGCACCAAAACGAUGAAGAAGCCCACUGGGCCAGCGAUAUAUCACAACGUGGCAACCAAAAGAAGAGAGCACACUGAGGACUCUAGCCAGGCCGAGCUCGAGUUGUGUAGCAGUCACGUAGUGGAGCUGCAGAGACAGAUUGAAGAGCACAAGAAGAAGAUCCAGUUGAUCUCACAGCAGCCUACAUGCAAUCCAGUGUUCAAGAGAUUCCUUAGCAGGCUCCUGAAAGAAAUACAAAGACUUGGUUUGCCUGGUGACUCCUCAGAUGUCUUCUAUGAUGCCAAAAUCAGACUGUCCAGACAAGCCAUGACAGAGAUUCAGACACUUCUGGAGGGUGAAGACAGCUGGAGAACCGGGGCUCUGGACAGUGCCAUCAGUCAGAUACUGGUGGAUCUUAGACCACAUGACUACGAGGCCUGGAAGUGGCGUUUUGAAGACACUUUUGGCGUGGAGCUUGACACAGUAAUAAAAAUGGGGUUGUGUGUUCUGGUCAUAAUGGUCAUCAUCUGCACUCAGCUUUGGUCAACCGUCUCCUGGUUCAUGCAGUUUAGUAGACUGUUCGCUGUCUGCUUUUUCAUCAGUAUUGUGUGGAACUGGUUUUAUCUUUACAAGAUUGCCUUUGCUGAGCACCAAAACAACAUGGUGAAGUUGGACAGUGUCAAUGAGAAAUGCACUGGAGUGAAGAAAAUUGACUGGAGUGAUAGCCUGAAAGAGUGGUUCAGAGGCACCUGGACUCUUCAGGAUGACCCUUGUAAGAGAUACUAUGAAGUCCUCAUGGUCAACCCCAUUCUGCUGGUCCCUCCAACCAAGGCGAUCUCAGUUACCAUCACAACCUUCAUCACAGAGCCGCUGAAGCACUUUGGCCAGGGUAUCAGUGAGUUUCUUCGAGCCCUCCUCAAAGAUCUGCCAGUUACCCUGCAGAUCCCAGUUCUCCUCACAAUCGUGCUGUCCAUUAUGGUAUUCAUGUAUGGAAGCGUGCAGGCAGUCUUCCAGCAUGGUAUCACUGCACCUCUACGCCGCCUUCGAAGGGAUCCACCUCCUCCGGAGCUGGGAGAACUGCAGCCUCAACUCCAGAGGAUCGAGGGCCGUGAUCACUUUGCUGGAGGAGAUGCACCACAGCAAGCCCCAAGGCACCGAGCCGAUGAUGGCAGGUUACGCAGGAAUCAGGUUCAUCGGAGGCGGCCCAGGGAACAGCCAGCCCUGGUGGUUGUGGAGACACUUCAAGCUGUUGACCCUGCCUAUAAUGAGGAUGAGACGGAUGCUGAGCAGCAGGAAGGAAGAUCGGAAGCAGAGCAGAAUCUCUCUGCCGACUCAGAUUCAGAAAACCAGCAGGAGACACGGGAGGAGCCAGCAGGAGCGAGUGCUAGCAGCAUUGCAGCUAACACAACCCAAGCAAAGACUAAACCUGCCCGGACAUAUUCAUCACAAUCAGAAGCUAAACCUUUAAAAGUGAAUGAGAAUCAUUCUCAGGAUGAACCCAGCAGAGACAAUGCAGAACUCAGGUCUCAGCCAGCAGGAAGGCCGCCUUCACAAACUGACACUCAGCAUUACGUAUGUACCAAUGGGAUGGUGAAUAUUCAGAUGCUUCACAAAUUGGACCUGGAAGCCUCAACUGAAGACAGGACUUCCUCUGUCUCACUGACACACAUUGAAACUUUCGGAGUUCCUAUUCAGGAGACGUGUCCAGCAACAGUGGAGUAGAUGGCUGCUACAUCGGUCAAAGCUGCAAGAUUAGUGUCAUCGGUGUUUGGUGACAGACAUUGCUGAAAUGCGCAUCAACAACAGUGUAAUGGCAGCCCAAAGUGUGAAACCAACGCCAGUGAUGCCAGCUAACUCUAUCUUGUUGCUGCGCGGUCACCUGAACGUGCCUUUUCCUUGAGACGAGUCGCCAGUACUGUUUGGUGAAUCUGCUCAUUAUUUCAUUAUGAUUUCGGGCUGAGCUUCAUUUCCUCAGUCAGAGAGAGCAGAACUUUCAGUCAGCUGCACAGCAGCCAGACUAAAACCGGUGUUAGGAAAGCAGAAAACAGACACUGUAGGUAUGAGUAUUGUUUACUUGAUCUCGUGUUUUGGUGCGUCUUAUCUACAAGCAGGAAUUCCAGUCUUUUAAAACUUGUCUUCCAUAAUUUCAAUGUAAUGAUAACCAAAAAACCAAGUAUAAGUAAGGGAUACCUCCUUUUAUUUUCUAUGAGAAAGGACAAAAUGCUUGUACAAAGCAUGACAGGAUUGCUCACAGCGUGGUUAGGCGCAGUGGAUAAAGUUGUAAUUAAUGAAUUUCAUAAAUUCAUUAAUUACAACUUAGUUAAAAGUCAUAAGUCAAUUAAACAUGUUUAAUGGUAAGGAAAAUGUCUUGCAGCAGCCUUCUCCCAAAUAAAAAAAAAA